AUGCCCACAGGCGAGCCCUGGGACUGCAAACGAAUCGGCGAGUUGGAUGUCGUGUCGUCACUGCGUGAAGCAGUUACCGGGUUGCCGCUGGCGAUCGAUUCGGCACUUUCACCGAAAAAGGUGCCGGGGACUGCGAGUAGAAGGCAGAGCUUAUGCAUACAAGUGGCUCGGGUGGGUGGGUGGGUGGCUGCGAGUGAAUUGUACAAUGAGGACUGCGGGCGUGAUUUCGUCGAGAUGCGGUGCGGAGACUGA